AUGGCGCCGAGAGAAACAAGAUUCGCCGCGCCCGUGUCAGAAGACGUUGUGAAGCUGGCUUGGAGGACUAACACCAACUCGCAGCAGGCUUGGACGACUAACACCAACUCACAGCAGGCUUGGAGGACUAACACCAACUCGCAGCAGGCUUGGAGGACUAACACCAACUCACAGCAGGCUUGGAGGACUAACACCAACUCACAGCAGGCUUGGAGGACUAACACCAACUCACAGCAGGCUUGGAGGACUAACACCAUCUCGCAGCAGGCUUGGAGGACUAACACCAACUCACAGCAGGCUUGGAGGACUAACACCAACUCACAGCAGGCUUGGAGGACUAACACCAACUCACAGCAGGCUUGGAGGACUAACACCAACUCACAGCAGGCUUGGAGGACUAACACCAACUCACAGCAGGCUUGGAGGACUAACACCAACUCACAGCAGGCUUGGAGGUCUAACACCAACUCACAGCAGGCUUGGAGGACUAACACCAACUCGCAGCAGGCUUGGAGGACUAACACCAUCUCGCAGCAGGCUUGGAGGACUAACACCAACUCACAGCAGGCUUGGAGGACUAACACCAACUCACAGCAGGCUUGGAGGACUAACACCAACUCACAGCAGGCUUGGAGGACUAACACCAACUCGCAGCAGGCUUGGAGGACUAACACCAACUCGCAGCAGGCUUGGAGGACUAACACCAUCUCGCAGCAGGCUUGGAGGACUAACACCAACUCACAGCAGGCUUGGAGGACUAACACCAACUCACAGCAGGCUUGGAGGACUAACACCAACUCACAGCAGGCUUGGAGGACUAACACCAACUCACAGCAGGCUUGGAGGACUAACACCAACUCACAGCAGGCUUGGAGGACUAACACCAACUCACAGCAGGCUUGGAGGACUAACACCAACUCACAGCAGGCUUGGAGGACUAACACCAACUCACAGCAGGCUUGGAGGACUAACACCAACUCACAGCAGGCUUGGAGGACUAACACCAACUCGCAGCAGGCUUGGAGGACAAACACCAACUCGCAGCAGGCUUGGAGGACUAACACCAACUCGCAGCAGGCUUGGAGGACUAACACCAUCUCGCAGCAGGCUUGGAGGACUAACACCAACUCGCAGCAGGCUUGGAGGACUAACACCAACUCGCAGCAGGCUUGGAGGACUAACACCAACUCGCAGCAGGCUUGGAGGACUAACACCAACUCGCAGCAGGCUUGGAGGACUAACACCAACUCGCAGCAGGCUUGGAGGACUAACACCAACUCGCAGCAGGCUUGGAGGACUAACACCAACUCGCAGCAGGCUUGGAGGACUAACACCAACUCGCAGCAGGCUUGGAGGACUAACACCAACUCGCAGCAGGCUUGGAGGACUAACACCAACUCACAGCAGGCUUGGAGGACUAACACCAACUCACAGCAGGCUUGGAGGACUAACACCAACUCACAGCAGGCUUGGAGGACUAACACCAACUCACAGCAGGCUUGGAGGACUAACACCAACUCACAGCAGGCUUGGAGGACUAACACCAACUCACAGCAGGCUUGGAGGACUAACACCAACUCACAGCAGGCUUGGAGGACUAACACCAACUCGCAGCAGGCUUGGAGGACAAACACCAACUCGCAGCAGGCUUGGAGGACUAACACCAACUCGCAGCAGGCUUGGAGGACUAACACCAUCUCGCAGCAGGCUUGGAGGACUAACACCAACUCGCAGCAGGCUUGGAGGACUAACACCAACUCGCAGCAGGCUUGGAGGACUAACACCAACUCGCAGCAGGCUUGGAGGACUAACACCAACUCGCAGCAGGCUUGGAGGACUAACACCAACUCGCAGCAGGCUUGGAGGACUAACACCAACUCGCAGCAGGCUUGGAGGACUAACACCAUCUCGCAGCAGGCUUGGAGGACUAACACCAACUCACAGCAGGCUUGGAGGACUAACACCAACUCGCAGCAGGCUUGGAGGACAAACACCAACUCACAGCAGGCUUGGAGGACUAACACCAACUCACAGCAGGCUUGGAGGACUAACACCAACUCACAGCAGGCUUGGAGGACUAACACCAACUCACAGCAGGCUUGGAGGACUAACACCAACUCACAGCAGGCUUGGAGGACUAACACCAACUCACAGCAGGCUUGGAGGACUAACACCAACUCACAGCAGGCUUGGAGGACUAACACCAACUCACAGCAGGCUUGGAGGACUAACACCAACUCACAGCAGGCUUGGAGGACUAACACCAACUCACAGCAGGCUUGGAGGACUAACACCAACUCACAGCAGGCUUGGAGGACUAACACCAACUCACAGCAGGCUUGGAGGACUAACACCAACUCGCAGCAGGCUUGGAGGACAAACACCAACUCGCAGCAGGCUUGGAGGACUAACACCAACUCGCAGCAGGCUUGGAGGACUAACACCAUCUCGCAGCAGGCUUGGAGGACUAACACCAACUCGCAGCAGGCUUGGAGGACUAACACCAACUCGCAGCAGGCUUGGAGGACUAACACCAACUCGCAGCAGGCUUGGAGGACUAACACCAACUCGCAGCAGGCUUGGAGGACUAACACCAACUCGCAGCAGGCUUGGAGGACUAACACCAACUCGCAGCAGGCUUGGAGGACUAACACCAACUCGCAGCAGGCUUGGAGGACUAACACCAACUCACAGCAGGCUUGGAGGACUAACACCAACUCACAGCAGGCUUGGAGGACUAACACCAACUCACAGCAGGCUUGGAGGACUAACACCAACUCACAGCAGGCUUGGAGGACUAACACCAACUCACAGCAGGCUUGGAGGACUAACACCAACUCACAGCAGGCUUGGAGGACUAACACCAACUCACAGCAGGCUUGGAGGACUAACACCAACUCGCAGCAGGCUUGGAGGACUAACACCAACUCGCAGCAGGCUUGGAGGACUAACACCAACUCGCAGCAGGCUUGGAGGACUAACACCAACUCACAGCAGGCUUGGAGGACUAACACCAUCUCGCAGCAGGCUUGGAGGACUAACACCAACUCGCAGCAGGCUUGGAGGACUAACACCAACUCGCAGCAGGCUUGGAGGACUAACACCAACUCGCAGCAGGCUUGGAGGACUAACACCAACUCGCAGCAGGCUUGGAGGACUAACACCAACUCGCAGCAGGCUUGGAGGACUAACACCAACUCGCAGCAGGCUUGGAGGACUAACACCAACUCGCAGCAGGCUUGGAGGACUAACACCAACUCGCAGCAGGCUUGGAGGACUAACACCAACUCGCAGCAGGCUUGGAGGACUAACACCAACUCGCAGCAGGCUUGGAGGACUAACACCAACUCGCAGCUUGCUUGGAGGACUAACACCAACUCACAGCAGGCUUGGAGGACUAACACCAACUCACAGCAAGCUUGUGGGAGUGGCGCCAAAUCAUGA